UCUCCUGUCCUAUUUCCUCAUUGUCCUGCCAGAAGCGCCCUGCCCGCGAGCGAGAGUGGGAGAAAAGAGAUAGAGAGGCGACCAUGUCGAAAGAAGUCAAGGAUCCGAAGUCCCAGACCGAAAGACUGCGUCAGCCCCAGAGGAAAGACUCUCUCUCCUCGGUCCUGUCGUGGGCCGGUCUACAGGCCAAGGGCAUCUCUCCCAAGGCCCCCUCUGCUUCCUCGGGCUUGACCCAAUCGUCAACGGCGACCCUCUCGAGCAGUGGCGUUGCCAAAUCUCGGAGACACAGCCAUGGUCCCGAUAUCAAGAAGAAGGCACGUAGAGACUCAACAACACCUCGCAGCACAGCAACCCAGGAGGGAUCAAGUACUAAGACAACACGUGAAAAGGCGACCCAUUCCGCGACGGCGGACCUCAGGACAGCUGACAGCGUGUCCAAGACAUCCAAGACUGCCUCGAUAGAGAAGCUCCCCAAGCUGGCAGCCGAUGGGCCCGAAGCUGGCAAAGAGGCGGCCCAGCCCCAGACCCGGUCCAGAGACUCUGGCCAAACAAAAUCUCAAAGCACCCCUGAGCCGCCGUUAUCCCCCAAGCCAAAGUCAAUCCUCCGAGUCUCGAGCCCGGAUGGCCAUAGGCGGCCGAGACCCAUCCCUUCCUAUUCGACCUCGGCCCCAAACCCUCUGCCAGCACAGCUCAAUAGCCCAGAACCCAGCCCUGUCAUACCCCCCGAGCCAGUGGCAACUCCCAUGAGUCCAGAUCUGAACCCAAUCUCGCCCCCUACCUCGCCAAUAUCCCGGCCGCUGUCGCCCGGCGCAACCGUCAGGUUUGCCAAGGCAACAAUACACAGAGUCGAAGUUGGUCCGGGCCGCCGCUUUCUCCCAGUGAAGCGAAAGAGCAAGAGUACCAUCACUUACAUCUCCCCGCUUGACCCGGGAAAGCAACAGACCACUCCCAAGGUCACGCUCGGCAGCCCUACCAAGAUGCGGAGACACCAGGAGAACCAGGCUGCCAUGGGUCGUUACUGGCUUCGAACCGAGGAAGAGGAGGCUCUGUGGAGAGCCGAGGCCGAAAGGAAGGCUGAAGAGGAAGCCGAAAGAUACCGCAACGAGCCGGCCAGCCCGCCCGGUCUUUCAAACCCCGCGAAGCCAGCUGUCUCAGCACUGCCGCUGCAAAGAAUGCCCUGGACCACAAAUCUUGCCGUCAUUAACAAGCUGCCUCCGCUGGAAAGUCUAUCGACACUCGACACGGAGGCCGAGGUGGACAGGUUAGAGACUGAAGUGUCGGAGAAGAUAGAAACCGAGCUGUCAGACUCGGAAGAUUCAAACUCGGACAGCGAGGCAGAUGUGAAGCCUGGUCCGGAGCCCACCGAAGGGGCUGAGAACUUGAAGGCUGAACUAGCAGUGGAAGAGUCGGCGGAUUCCGGAAGGGCAGGAGUAGCUCGAUUGGAGCCAGACAAGUCUGCUGAAAAUGUGUCGUCGGAGAGGCAACAGGCUGCUGGGAAUUCUGAAGUAGCGGGUGAUGGACCUGGACAAGAGUCUCGGUCAAAAGCUAACCCGCAACAGACAGGACAAAAGGAGUCUCAACCCCAAGAAAAAGGGGCUGAGCCCCUCUCUUCCAAAACCGACAAACAGGUGCCCUCAACAGUUGCAACAAAGACCACAACAUCAACACCAAAGGGCACAGAAAUGUCCCGCAUCCAAUCAUCAAUGCCGUCAAAACCAGCAGUAACAAAGCCUGGGGCAGAAAUGUCGAUGCAGGAGCAGGUUUCGGAAAUGAAGCCAACCCUAGAGAAGCUAGCAGAGAAGACACCAAAAGCGAAGACUACGACAGAGGCUAAACCAUCGGUGGCAAAGGCAACCGCAGACAAGGUGCCGGUAGCCAAGUCCACCCCUGAAGCACUGGCCCAAGCUGGGAAAACACCAGCAAAAUUGGGGACUGUAGGCGCGACAGCUUUGCUCGGAUCGACGGCAACAAAAACGGCAGAGGCGCCGAAGACAAGGGCUACCCCCGUACAACCACCAGCACCGGUACCGGCAAACACGAAGGUGGCAACGGAGAAGGGAACAUCGCUGGUGACGCCGUCGUCAGCACCAUCGGCGGGACUCACGACUGUUGAGAAGAAGAAAGAAGCGGGCGGGGUUGUACCGCUACAGGCACGCCCACCGACGGCAGCAUCAACAACACUGGCGGCUGCAUCGCCGACCGCCGUGGAGGUAGCUACACGGGCGCCAUUGUCCCCUCCACCUUUGCCAAAGCCAGUAGUAGCAGUGGCCGCGGCAAAGACAGCGGUGGUAGCAGCGGCAGUCACAACAGCAGCGGCAACGGCAACAACAGCAUCAAUAGCAGUAGCUAAGAACCAAGAGUCAACAUCAGGAGAGCUACGGAAGGAACAGGAGAAAGAAAAGGAGAAGGAAAAGGAAAAAGAAAAAAACAAGCUUACGGCAGCUCUUGUCACGACGAGCUUUGUGAGCGAAAAACUGGGACUCGCUGAGCGUACAACAACAAAAACAACAACAACAAAAACAACAACAACAACAUCAGUACCUGCAAUUCCAGCCGCCGCAGUACCAACUACAGGAGCAGAGCCACCAGCCAGCAGGCCUGGCUCGCCGCCGCCGGUCAAGAACAACCACCUGCACCUGGCGCGGAGGACGCGCCGGUAUUUCAACGACCACAAGCAGGAGAUUGCCGCGUCGUGACGUACUCGGGCCAGGUAGACUAGGCAUGGGUUUGGGUGGAUUAGUCGGGCAUUCAUAGGGAAAUAGGCCAAAAAAGAAGAGAAAAGAAAAGAAAAGAAAAGAAAAGAAAAGAUACAUAAAUAGGUCCAGCGCCGUCUAGGCCGCGAAUGCCGCUGCGUCGUCAGUCGAGGACUUGGCCAGAAAGGGGUUUCUUUGUUUUGUAUAAUUAAGACAGGAAAAGAAGAAAACGGUGUUUUGUGUGUAGUG